AUGAAAGAUCACAUUUUUGAUAUUCCUUCGCGUGUGAAUGGCAGUGAUCCUAGCCGCCCCAAGGCCCACAUCGAUGAGAUUGUGUAUCCUACUAUGCACCAUCGUUCGAUCCAUGAGGGUGACCAGUUCUGGGAAGAACAGGCCAACACGGUUCUCUCCUGGUACACGCCUUUCAGGACAGUGCAAUACGGUGGUUUUGAGCGUGGUGAUGCUUCUUGGUUCCUCGAGGGUCAGCUGAAUGCCUGCUACAAUCUGGUCGACCGAUGGGCGUUUGAGAAGCCGGAUGACAUUGCUAUUAUUUGGGACUCAGACGAGCCCGGUCAUGAGCAGUACAUUACGUUCGCAGAGCUUCUCGAGCGUGUGUGCAAAGUGGCCGGUGUGCUGCAGUCCCUUGGCGUGAAGAAAGGGGAUAUUGUCAUCAUUUACAUGCCUAUGAUUCCUGACACGGCUGUGUGUAUGUUGGCCUGUGCCCGUCUCGGUGCUGUUCACUCGGUGGUAUUCGCUGGUUUCAGUUCCGAUUCGCUGCGUGACCGUGUGCAGGACAGCAAUGCCCGCGUCGUGCUCACCUCUGACGAGGGUCGUCGUGGUGGUCGUACCAUUGCUACCAAGUCGAUUGUUGAUGCGGCGCUCAAGGAAUGCCCUACGGUGGAGCAUGUGCUGGUGGCGAAGCGCACUGGUGCUGUCGAUGUGCCGUGGGUCGAUGGCCGUGACAAGUGGCUUGACGAGCUCGCAGCAGGCCAGCGCUCGUACAUUGCCCCUGUGCCUGUGAACAGUGAGGACCCAUUGUUCGUACUAUAUACCUCUGGUUCCACGGGUAAGCCGAAGGGCAUUGUGCAUGCUACUGCAGGCUACCUCCUUGGUGCAGCGCUCUCGGUGCGCCAUGUGUUUGAUGUGCACCCUGGCGAUCGUUUCGGCUGCAUGGCUGAUAUUGGUUGGAUUACCGGUCACACGUACAUUGUAUAUGGACCGCUGAUGAACGGUACGACCACUUUGAUCUUUGAGUCGACGCCAAUGUACCCUACCGCGUCGCGCUACUGGGAUGCUGUGGACAAGUUCAAGUUGACGCAGUUCUACACGGCUCCGACGUCGAUCCGUAUGUUACGCCGCAUGGGCACAGAGUAUAUUGAGAAGCAUGAUCUCUCUUCGUUGCGCGUCUUGGGCACUGUCGGUGAGCCGAUCAACCCUGAGGCUUGGCACUGGUACCAUGAACAUGUCGGCCGUGGUCACUGUGCCAUUGUGGACACAUACUGGAUGACAGAAGGUGGCUCGCACAUGAUCACCUCGCUUCCUGCGGCCAUCAAAGCCAAGCCUGGUGCAGCUACCAAGCCCUUCUGGGGUCUUUCGCCAGUGUUGCUGGACCCGCAGACCGGCAAGGAGAUUGAGGGCAACGAUGUGGAAGGCGUGCUGGCUAUGAGCAAGCCAUGGCCAUCACUGGCUCGUACGAUCCUCAAUGAUCACUCACGUUUCCUUGACACGUACAUGCGUGUAUACCCUGGCUACUUCUUCACUGGUGACAGUGCAUACCGUGACCACGACGGCUACAUUUGGAUUCGUGGCCGUGUGGACGAUGUCAUCAAUGUGUCGGGCCACCGUAUGUCGACAGCAGAAAUUGAGUCGGCCCUGGUGGGCCACCCUGGCAUUGCCGAGGCGGCUGUGGUCGGUGCGCCAGAUGACAUGACGGGUCAGUCGAUUUUCGCAUUUGUGGCUCUCAAGCCUGACUACAACUACGAGUCGAACGAGGCUUUGAUCAAGGAGUUGACCAUCCAAGUUCGUCGCUCGAUCGGACCUUUCGCAACCCCUAAGAGCAUUUUGAGCGUGGCUGAUUUGCCCAAGACACGCAGCGGUAAGAUUGUUCGUCGCGUGCUUCGCAAGAUUGUGUGCAAGGAAUCGGACCAGCUUGGCGACCUCUCGACGCUGCAAGACCCUUCGGUGGUGGAUGAGUUGAUUGCGAAGUUUGAAGCGGCUGUCUCUCACUAA